CGAGGAGGGAUGUCCGCAUACAGGCAAGCGGGGGGGCCGAGUGUGAAGACUCGGACCAAGUCCCGGGGGCAGCGACUGGUAGAGAUUAUGAUCCUCCUCGUCCUGCUGGUGCUUGUGCUCGGCCUCACCAUCUGGCUUUCGACUCGCCCUCGUCCGCAGGGCGCCGGCCCUCCCGAGUCCGAAAUGAACCCCUUCUUCCCCCCCCCGUCCCCGGACGAUGACGGACCAGUUCCCCCGCUGGGAAGCGAGGGGCAGGAGCCAGCCCCCUCCGCCGUCACGCCUCCACUCUCAGACCCUGUCAGUCCAUCGCAAGGGGCCGGAAGACAACGGACGCUGAAGCAAUCAGGGUUAUUGAUUGUUACAGGCUUGUAAACUGAAUGGCUGGGUCGAGGAGAGCCUGAAAGACUCCCAGCUAUGGAGAACGUGGUACUUGUGAGGCAUGCAGAGCGGAAACGCGUGGAAUUGGAAUAAUUACCUCACAGACAUGCUCCGGACUAUUCCUCUAGUAAAUAGAAAGCUGAUCUAUGUGCCACAUACGUCAUGCUUUGUAACCAUAUCAGCUCUUUUGUCAAAGUAGGGGAACGAGUAGUACCAUUUUCUUGGCGAUUAACACACAGAGCUGGGAAAAUAAGCUCUCAUAGGUUGUUCAGGGAAGUAACCGUUCAGAAAAUCUCAUUAAAAAUUAUAUCGCAAAGUUGUG